ACAACAGUCGUCCCCUAAUAGAAUGACGCCCUUGGCCUGGUUAUUACCGCUGCUCGUCACGCUGAGCGUGGCCAGUGGACAGAAUGCAACUGGUGCGGCCAGAAGGAGUCCGGCGGCCCGGCGCUUGCAGCUGAACCAGCUGCAGAAUCAGCUGCGUGGCCUGGUAUUCGGCCUGCCGCUGGACAUCAGCGUCUCAACACUUACGUACAUCUGCAGCACCAUCAUGGAUCUGGGCCUGGUGCAGCCGAAAGUCAUACCAGAUAUGUCGCUCAUGAACUUCCAGCUGCGUCCAGAUGCCUGCACCAAUAUUAGCAUACCACUCACCCAGGCCAGGGAGCUCUGGAAUACGACAGGCUUCCAUCAGGACAGACCCACAGUCAUCUUCAUUACCGGCUGGGGCACAUCCAUCGAUCGUUCGAACAGCGGCCCUGUGGCCAAGGCAUAUGCCUGUCGCAAUGACUCCAACUUUGUGGUGCUGGAUGCAGCGAACUUUAUAACUACCCUGUACAGUUGGUCGGCGCUCAACACGGAGGCCAUUGGGCUCUAUGUUGCCCAGGCGCUGCUCCAGCUGGAUCGCGAAUAUGUGGAGACGAGCGUACACGUAAUAGGUCAUAGCUUGGGCGCCCAGAUAGCGGGCUCGACGGGUCGCAACUACAAGUUGUUAACGGGCGGAUCGAUGCUGACGCGCGUUACCGGCCUGGAUCCGGCGAAUCCGUGUUUCUACGAUGGCAACGAGCUGCCGGGCGUGCGCAGCGGCGACGCCAAAUAUGUUGACACCAUUAUCUCCAAUCCGGGCAUUGCAGGCACUGCCGAUAGCACUGGCGACGGCAGCUUCUUUGUGCAGGGCUUGUCCCACCUCAAGAGCGGCUGUUCGGGUGUGAGCGCAGUGAGCUGCUCGCAUCAGCGCGCCGUUGACUAUUAUGUGGAGUCUGUGUAUCCAAAUAAUACGGGUAACUUUUUGGGCAGACGCUGUGAAAACUAUGUGGAUCUAUGGACAGGCAAGACCUGCAGCGACACCAACCCAGCCAUAAUGGGCUAUGCGGCCACAGACCUGGGCACGUUCUAUGUGGAUGCGAAUGCAGCCGAGCCCUAUGGCACGCAUGCCGACCUGGAGACCUUUACGUCCGCCCAAAGCACUUGCGGCACUUGCAAUGCUGAGUCCUAAAGGUGUCUAAAGUAUUUCAAAAUAUAUACUUUUUUCUCUCUCUUUUUUUUUCCAUAUAUAUCCAACUAUAACCGAUAACCAAAUGAAUGAAUAUUAAAACAAAAUAGGUGCACAUUA